AGUUUUGCACUUCCGUUUAGCUCGGGAAGAUAGCUGGAAGAGCGGUCAAAUAAUUUACUGAUGUAUUUAUGUAAAAUCGUAUCGUAAUUGUUUAGAGACGCGCUAUUCUGUCGCCUCCUGGGACCAUAUCUAGGAACUGACAAUGAUCCGCUUCAUCCUCAUCCAGAACCGAGCAGGGAAAACACGACUGGCCAAAUGGUACAUGCAGUUUGAUGAUGAUGAGAAACAGAAGUUGAUCGAGGAAGUGCAUGCUGUGGUGACGGUCAGGGAUGCCAAGCACACCAACUUUGUGGAGUUCAGGAACUUCAAGAUCAUUUACCGACGUUACGCUGGUCUGUACUUCUGUAUUUGUGUGGACGUGACUGAUAACAACCUGGCAUACCUCGAAGGAAUCCACAACUUUGUAGAGGUGCUGAAUGAAUAUUUCCACAACGUGUGUGAAUUGGACCUUGUGUUCAACUUCUACAAGGUUUACACGGUGGUGGACGAGAUGUUCCUGGCGGGAGAGAUCAGGGAGACCAGUCAGACCAAGGUGCUCAAGCAGCUCCUCAUGCUGCAGUCGCUUGAGUAAAAUACAGAAAACCAUUCUCCCUACCUUCCCACCAAUCCUUGUUCUGCCCCUACGCAGCAGACUUCACUCUUUCAAAACUUCAGGACAGCUGUUUUUAGAAAUAGAAAUGCACAAUAUUGAUUACAUAUGGAUUUAUGAUUCGGAAGUUCCAGUAACCUGUGUGUGACAGCGUUCUAUAUGUUGCAGUACUCUGCAUUUCUAAUGAAGUCCCCCAGUGUUAAGAGGCUCUACAUUUCAACAUGUUAACCUUUCAUUAUGUUAGCAUCUCACAAACAUCUUUCGCCUCUGUUUACUGCCUUUUCCUCCUCUCCCUCUAUUAACAUUAACUUCAUCUAAUGACACUACUGUAACUAACAAGCACCUCGGCCUGAAACAGCCAUUACUAAAAAGAACGACUGUGUUAGUGAUGUGCUAUUAGAUUUAUCUAUCUGGAUCAUAGUGCAAGCAAACCACAACUAGAAAGCCCUUCAGAGCAAUUGGGCCUCAACAGGAAGUUGAUAAUUGAAUGGAGUGUACUCAGGACGAGUGUCAUUGUGGAGGGUGUGUUAUGGUAACCCGUGCCCUCCUCUCAUGGCCCAUAAUGAUCAGCAGUGUAUCCUAUGUUAGCUCGGAUAGCUGCGCUCCAGAUGUGGUAAUUGUUUUCACUGCGUAGAAAACCACCGUGAUCAUUUGACGCUACUCGUGGUGCUUGUUGGUCACACUUAAAAACCCAAUCAGAAGGAAAUAAAGACCUGGAAGUAGAACGUGUAUUUUACAUUAAAGCAGUACUGUGAAGUUUGCUUUGUGUGGUGUUUACGUACAGUGUAUCUGGCGUAUGUUGAAUAUUAUACAAAUAACAAAUGCAUUCCAGAAAGAGUUGUUCUCGCUCACUAGAUCUGAGGAGUAUUUACUUGUGUGAAAUCAAUAAUUCCUUUGCAUAAAACAAAUUGUCUUUUAACAUACUCCUCACAGCUUAAUGAGCUUUGAGAAAAGAAAAGCUGCUUUUAUGCAUUUCUCUUUGCUGGACUUCAAUGUAUAUGAAAUGUCUUGUCAUAUUCUGAUUUUACUUUAUCCAGUCACGAAGGUGGUUACAAAUGUUACUGUUGUUGGACUUUUGUAUUUUUUUUUUUUAAUCAUUAGGCAAUUGUGAAAUAUGUAAUGCUUCCUUGUCCCCUGUGAGUUUGUUGAUGGAAGACGUGUGCUUGUUUGUAUUUCUGUCUCUGGUUCAACUACCCACAAUGCGUCCCAUUAUAUGUAAAUAUAAAAAAUAAACAAAUGAAGUGAUACAUGAUGAUCAA